CGCACGUUUUUCUGGAAUGUUGAUUUUUAAAUCACCUUCAUUUUAUGUAUAUUGAAACUUAUAGCUAAAAACUGUAAAUAUGGACAACGGUGAUGAUGGAUACAGAUCAGAAAAACAAAGGGCGAAAAUCGUAAUUAAGUCUAUACCGGGAGCAACAACAAAGAGUAAAAGAAUGAGAAAGUGUAAAUAUGAUGUUGAAAAUGCGAAUUCAGAAAUUCAAAAUAUUUCAACACAAAAUGGCGUAACCAUGUCAAGCACGCUGUCGCGUUUGUGUUCUGGGAUUUAUUCCAUCCACCUCACCAUUCUUAGUCUUAUCAUUUGCUUGCUGCAUUACGUCUCACACCAGAUAUCAGAAGAAUUUGUCAAACUCUAUUUCACUAUCCUUUACAUCACCUGCUGUAUAUGGAUCAUUUGUACAGGAUUUCUGGCAACUUCGUUUUGUAGACGGUCCGUUCAACAGAGACACAUUUCCGCAAAUCAUACAACUAAUAGAUGGCUCAAAGCGCUGCUUAUACUUUUCGGCAUCGGAAUAGUCGUUGAAAAUGCAUUGGAAUUUAUGGAAUAUGUUUACUGUCCAAUUCAGUGUGCCCAAAUUAUAGCAGCAGCUAAGCCGAUUGCUCAAGCCAUGCUUGUUAUUGCUCAAAUUGUAUUUUUAAUUCACUUCUCAAAAGUAUGUUUGUUAUGUCAUACAACAAUAAACAGACUUGGUAUAAUGCACAUAAUUGCUACAAACUUAUCCGUUUGGAUACUUCUUGUUAUUAUGGAAAUCUCGCAUAAAGUCCACUAUAGGGAAAACUACGUUGAUGAUAAAAUUGGAUAUUUGUCCAACGAGGAUAAUGAUAUGCUCAUCACAAACAAGGAAUAUCACGAUGGACAUGAAUAUGAACCGACUACGAUUGGCAUGCCACUCAGGAACAAUAUAUCUCAUCCUCUCCAAAGAGGGAACACUCAAAAAGAAAAUUGCACUUGUGACCAAGGUUACUGUGAUACUAUAUAUUCUGUGCAAGCAUUCCUCUAUCCAUUUGUUAUUGAGUUCAGUCUGAUUGCCAGCUGCUUGUCAUUCGUUAUUUGGAAAAAUGUUGGAUCUCUUCCUCCUCAAUUUGAGCAUGUUAUAAAACCCAAUUAUAAUUUUUUCAAAAGUUAUAAAGGAUUUAUUGCUGGUAGCUUUGCUUUAGUGACAACUGUCGUAUUUGUAACUCUUUUCGGCACAACUGCGAAUGACCCCUCAAACGAAUCAACGGGAUAUAUCGUUUAUCAUUUAUACUUGAUCAUAAUGACGUCAUUGAUGCUCGUCGUCAGUGUUGCUGGAAUUUUUCUAAUGGACAAAGACUUGCGCACAAUGACACUGGACAAAGGCAAUCUUGAUAUCGUAGUUAUCUUCAUCACUUUAUCUGGUUGCGUGGCACUGAACAUUUGCUCAAUUUUUUACGACAUAACCGUAAACAAAAAAUUAAAAAGUUUGAAGAUCGUUUUGUCGAGUAUAAAUAUUUUACAAAACAUUGCACAGGUAUUGUUGAUAUAUCUCGGGAUGAUGAGAAAUCCGAUGACAACUCCCGAGGCCAGUAAUACUGCACAACACGUUUUACGAACAAUGGAAUUUGCGCAGCAGAUAUCCAACGAUCCGCUGGAAAGUGAGAUGCACAUUAGGCAUCAUUUGAAUCGAGUAUCUGGUGUUUCUAUCUUUAAAAACAUAGAUUGUGAAGACAAUAUUGAAAGUAAACAACUAGAAAGCGACAGUACAACCAUGCAACUUUCUGAAUCUAAGCGUGAACACUCAGAAAAAUCGGAAGUAAAUGAGUGUAUGAAAACGGAACAGAAUCAUAUAUUUCGUAACAAACAAUGUGGUCUGCCUGGUAUGCCACCACCCAAGGAAGAAUGUUUGACAGAUGAAAAUAUCUCUUCGGGGUUGGGAAUGAGUAUUGGCGAUUCAGAAGGCGUUAGAAGCAGUUCUCUGGCAUCUGGAUGCAAAAAGCCAGUGGAAACGUCUAUUGAUACGUUCAACAAGAGAAAGCAUUCCAGAAAAAUUCCGAUUGUAGUAAUUACUAAAUCGAGAGUCAUAGAACCGAAUAGAAUCCGUUUGUAUAUUCGCGAUAUCGCGAUGUUUUUGUUGAUAUCAAAUGCCUGUCUGUGGAUCUUUGCAACAAUGUAUGAAACAAGAUUUGAUGUGUUUCAUUUAGGUCACCAAACCAGUGACUUCAGCCUUCCCCAUGCAAUUAUAAAUAUGAUUUGUUUCCCACUUAGCAUAUUUUUUCGCAUGCAUUCAUCAGCAUGUCUUUUUGAAGUUUGGUCAUAUGCAUGACAAUUUUUCGACAUAUUACUGUAAUUCUUUCCAAUUGUUGUGGAAUACAUGCCUUCCGCAUUUAAUUACGCUUAGAAUAUUAUUUGUUUCCCGCUUAACAUAUUUUUCGUAUGUAUUCAUCGGCAUUCACCUGAAUUUCAAUUAUAACUAGUACAAAAGCUUCAGAUCUCUAAUAAAACAGUAGUUUUAGUUGAGACUUUUCGACGAAAUUCAUUUCUACAAAAUACAUGCAUGUAGGCUAUAUUGCAUAAUGUUGGAUUUUAUUUUUCGAUACUAUUAAUGAGACAUGAAGACCCCGAUGAAAUUUGUUCGCGACUCGCGGUCGAUAUUCAUUGUUCUAGAAAUCAAAAUAUCACGAAAAAAAAAUGCACGGCAAUGUAAUAUUGCAUAUCAUUGUUAUACAUAUAGUAACACAAACACGCACAAUCAACAGCAAUAAACAAAAAGAGAUAGUAUACCAAGAAAAAGAUUCCAAGUUCUAAUUUUACAAACUGGAGCGAUCAGAUCAAACACACAACAGUACAGAACCUUCGGCAUGGAGUUUAGUAUAAUGUAUCACAUAAUUGUGUAUUCAGCUGCUGAAUGAAGAUUCAAGCAAAAACCGGUCUUCUGCUAUCCAAGGAAACGAUUAGAUACCACAUUGUGCUCAAUUUCCUCUCUAUGGGAUAAAUAUAUAAAUACCAACCAUGAAUGAUAAGUCGGCUCAUAUGACGAAUCUUAUUUUUAAAUAUAAUAAACUUGACGUUUAAUUGUUUCUGAUCGUGGUAUUUUAGAAAAUACGUAUGGUAAUUUACGGUAGAUGUUCCGAGAACGUUUUUGAUUAUCGUUUAUGACUCCGGUGGGAGCAACCUUGACUCCUGCUCUAUUCCGUUUUUCAUCGAAAAUCGAUAAAGCAAACAUGUAGAUGCAGAGUGCAGACAUGGGGGAGCUGUUGACAUACGAAUGCUGAAAUAGUUACACAUUUUAAUUUCGACGGGCACAAUACAAUCCGGGACUAGACUGACAGCAACGCAGUUUAUUAACAUUCAGCCUCGGCGGUGUGGUGGAUCGUGCUACAGGCUGACAGUGCUAAGCGUUACCGGUACUGCGUUAGGAAUACCGGUACGGUAAUUACGAUCGCCCGAAAUGGCAUCUGCGCCGCCGAUAACGAACUUGCUAAAGCCGGCGAUCUCUCUCCUAUCGUGAUCGUUGCGCAAGAAAACGAGAGAAAUAGCUU